AUGUUUGCCGGGCUGCCUGAACUGGGGAUAUCUAACGGCGAGGAUCUGAAAGAAACUCUCACCAACUGCACUGAGCCUCUGAAAGCCAUCGACCAGUUUCAGACAGAAAAUGGCAUCCUGCUGCCUACUCUCCAGUCUGCUCUGCCCUUCUUAGACCUCCAUGGAACCCCCCGGCUGGAGUUUCACCAGUCCGUCUUUGACGAGCUCCGAGAGAAGUUGAUGGAGCGAGUUGCCAUUAUCGCAGAGGGAAAGGAGGAGGACAGAUACGGGAAGCUUGAAGAGCUGCUGGAGAAGAGCUUUCCUCUGGUCAAGAUGCCCUCCAUUCAGCCCGUGGUAAUGCAGGUGCUCAAGCAUCUACCAAAGGUGCCUGAGAAGAAGCUGAAGAUGGUCAUGGCUGACAAGGAGCUGUACAAAGUGUGCGCAGUGGAGGUGAAGCGGCAGAUCUGGCAGGACAACCAGGCUCUGUUUGGGGACGAGGUGUCGCCCCUCCUCAAGCAGUACAUAGUGGAGAAGGAGGCAGCUCUGUUCAGCAGCGACCUCUCCAUCCUGCACAACUUCUUCAGCCCAUCUCCCAAAAUGAGGCGCCAAGGCGAGGUGGUGCUGAAGCUGACCCAGAUGAUCGGGAAGAACGUGAAGCUGUAUGAUAUGGUGCUGCAAUUUUUGCGGACACUCUUCCUGCGCACCCGAAAUGUUCACUACUGCACGCUGCGGGCAGAGCUGCUCAUGUCCCUCCAUGACCUGGACAUCAGUGAGAUCUGUUCUGUAGACCCCUGCCACAAGUUCACCUGGUGCUUGGAUGCCUGCAUCCGGGAGAAGUUUGUGGAUGCCAAGCGAGCCAGAGAGCUGCAAGGUUUCCUAGAUGGAGUGAAGAAAGGACAAGAGCAAGUCCUCGGAGACCUGUCCAUGAUCCUGUGUGACCCGUUUGCUUGUAACACCCUGGUCCUGAGCACGGUCAGAAAUCUGCAAGAGCUGCUGAGUCAGGAUGCUUUACCCCGGGACAGUCCAGACUUGAUGCUGCUUCUGAGGAUGCUUUCGCUCGGACAAGGGGCCUGGGAUAUGAUUGACAGUCAGGUCUUCAAAGAGCCUCGCUUGGACUUGGAGGUGGUGACCCGUUUCCUGCCUGCAAUGAUGUCAGUGGUUGUGGACGACCACACCUUCACUGUGGAGCAGAAGCUUCCCAGUGAAGAGAAGAGCUCACUGUCCUACCCCACCAGCCUACCGGAUGCCUUUACCAGGUUCCUGCAGGAGAACAGGGUGGCCUGUGAAAUGGGUCUCUACUAUGUCCUACACAUCGCCAAACAGAGGAACAAGAACGCCUUACAAAGGUUGCUACCUGCCCUGGUGGAGACCCACAAUGACAUGGCCUUCGGCGACAUCUUCCUGCACCUCCUGACUGGACACCUCACCUUGCUGUCUGAUGAAUUUGGAUCAGAAGAGUUUUGUUCUGUCGUCUUUGAUGGCUUCCUCCUUACUUCAUUUUCCAGUAAAGAGAACGUCCACAGACAUUCCCUGCGUAUGUUACUGCAUCUUCACCACAAAGUGCUGCCAUCGUACAUGGAAACCUUGAUGAAAACCCUUGAACCCCCAAAACAGAGCAGCGAGCCGGUGAAGGAGCUGUACAGCCAGCUGACUGAGAAGCUGGAGGCCCACAAGAAGAGCCCCCCACCUCCAGAUGAAGCUCCAACCCUGGACCUGGGGCUCCACCCGGUGACCGUCCCCACCACCGCCUCCACCCCGACCACACCGCUCUGAGACAGCAAACACACCCAGCAGCAGCGGAGAAGGAGACCCACGGUCUGAACCGGCAACUCUGAUUGGACACACAGCCACCAGUUUGGCUCAUGAAACUUAAAAAAAAAAAAAAAAGACUUCCUACAUUUUUUCUUGUAUGAUUUCCUGUUGAGCUUUAGUUUCUUUAGAUGUUCGUCUCAGAUGGUCUUCCAGCUCUGACUGUGUAAUCCAGCAGCCAACUAUUUUUCCUCCAGGGGAAAUCAUUACUUUUCUAAAACAUGUGCUCUUGCAUUAUUGUCCAAAUAUAUUUUCAUAUGUGA